AUGUCCCUGCCCGCCCUGCCCACAGAGCUCAUCGACGCAGUGGCACAGAACCUCGACACCCCCGCCCUCGUCGCCCUCGCACGCACCGCGUCCCCCCUCUACCCCGUCGCCCGCCGCCUCCUCUACCGCAACCUCGCCCUCUCCCCCCUCGCACACAACCUCGUCCUCGUCCCCGUCCUCGCAGCACGCCCGCACCUCGCCCGCUUCGUCCGCACCUUCUCCCUCGUCCUCCCCUCGUCCUCCGUCCUCUUCCCCCCUUUCUACCGCGCCCUCGCAAGCGCCCUCGCUGCCAUGACACAGCUCACCGACCUCGACCUCCACAUCGACCCCGAUGUCACCUGGGUCCUCGCCUCCGCCCCGCUCUAUCCCCGUCUCAGCCACUUUGCCGCCUCCUUCCCCCUCGACCUCCACACCGCACACUUCCUCGCCCGCACCCCCGCGCUCGAGCACCUCCAGCUCGACUCCGACCCUCUCCCACCCCCCACCCCACCCCCGUUGCUCGCACCCGCACCCGCACCCGUGCCCGCGCCCGCGCCCGCGCCCGCACCCGCCACGCUCUCGCUGCCAUCUCUCCCGCCUAGCACCCUCCCCAUCCUCGCCUCCUUCUCCGGCCCCACCUUCUACGAGCACGUCGCACGCGCCCUCGCCCUCAUGCCCGCGCUCAAUGACUUUGAGCUCGACGGCAUGCACUGGGGCUCC